CACGAACCGACCAUGCCUGACGCCCAGUCUGCCCCAGCCGACACCAGACAUGCCCAGGUAGACCUCAAGGACACCACGCUUGUCCUUUCAAACGACGCCCAGUGGCAUACCGCCCAGGUCAACCAAUACCCAACAUGGUUCGAGGCCCGUGGCUAUUGCGGCCUGGACGACUUUAUUGAGCGGCGUCGCCCGUUCUUCGACCCUGCCGCGCCGUGGAAUGCGGCAAACGGAAAGCGAACACAGUUGACAUGGGCACUGGUACCCCGCAGUGAUCCGGACACAGAAAACAUACUCUGUGGAUGCGAGACCUAUGUCCGCCCAGCGAUCUAUCUCCCCCCUGGCGCAUCUGAGCCCGUCGACUGUAUCAGCUACGGCGUAGCGUGCGUCUACACUAACGCCGCCCAUCGUGGUUAUGGCUAUGCGCGCCACAUGAUGCGACUCCUUCACUACAUACUCGCGCCGCCAGCUACGCUCCCGCCUUUCCCCUCCGCAUGGGGUGCACCUCCCGCUAUUCCUCAAGGCAUGCAAAAUGCGGCCUUUAGCGUGCUCUACAGCGGCGUUGGAGAGGAGUUCUACGCAAAGUGCACUAAAGGCGAACAUGAGCCAGGGUACAUUAGAGAGAACCUCGUCAUACGGCAGUGGAACAUCAAGCCUUCCUGCGGUUUACAUGAUCAGGAAGGCUGGACUUGGCUGCGCCGCGCAGAUCUUCCGGCGUGGGAGAAGGAGGCAUCGCGGCGCAUUCGCCGCGACCUUUGCAAGGAGGGGGAUGAACGCAAGAUCCGCCUGGCGAUUUUGCCUGAUCCGGGUUGCUUUGAAGUCCACGCCGUGCGAUAUGAGGUCAUCCCGGGCGCGCGGCCGGAGGCAACGAACGGACUCGUACUUGCAGAGGUGGACGGAGAGCGUCCGUUCUUCACGUACAGUAUCAAGCCGGGGCCGCGCAAGAAAUGGAGCGCUAAAGAGGAGUCUUCGCCUGAGGUUGAGACCACCGCCGCGCCAGACGUAGAGACCUCAACGAGGCCGUACGACCCACACGCCUGCGAUCGCAUCGUCAUCAUGCACGCGACACCCGGCGUGCCGUGGCACGCGGUUGUGGCUGCCGCAACCCGUGAGGGCGUUACCCGCAUCGAAGCAUGGCAGGGUUACGGAUGGGAUGAGGAGGCAGGUGGCGCCGUCAGGCUUCCUGAAGAAAACUUGCCAUGUCUGGCCGUCUACGGGUGGCGCGACGACGAGGUCGAGUGGGAGUUCGAUGAGAAAUACACGUGGUUGUAAGCGUGGCAAAAGGCUGCGCAUACGGGAUGAACCAGAGAAUGGGGUGGAUCCGACGCCGCAGCAAGCUCUCGGUCGGGAAAGGUUGAGAGCCGUGCUCGCUGAAGUUACUAAUCUUGGUUAUGGAAUCAAGCCCACAUUGAGAUGAGCACACUUUGCACAUCGGGCAAUGUGGGCCAUUGCAACUGC